CUUCGACCUGGUUGUCUAUUCUUCUGCUAACUAUGACACUCUGGAACUACUUCCGUCAGAAGCUAAAACCCUUGUUGGCACUCCAGGAAGAUAGUGACUUCUUUGUGCUUCUUAACUGGCAGUACAUCUUCAAUGGUGUGCAGCUCAAAACCAAGCGUCCCUGGUUGCGAGCACUGUUCCUGCUCUAUCAACUCCUCCUACCCACACAAUGCGCUAUCUGGCUGUAUCGAACGUGGGCUGCGGCUUAUAUCGAGCACAACACCACGCUUGCACUAAGCUUGCUCUGCGGUCAGUUUGCCCUUACCAGCAUAUUGUUUCGCUGUGUACUAUUCCUCCGCAGCUACGAUCAACUGCAACCCGUACGGUCCUACAUCAACUCCAAGCGCUUUCUGCACGGACACUCGAAGGCACGCGAGCUGAGGCAGCGUGCAUAUCGCACGAACAACAUCCUUAUACUCGGACUGAUGGUUUACGGGUUGAUUAACUUUUUCAUCUACGAAGCGACCGGUCUACAGUGGCACGAGAUAUUCCGCAUGCCCAACUAUCUGAUGCAAACGAACCGCCCUCUGGCGUGGACACUGCAUAUCAUCAUGCAUCCGAUGACGCUGAACGGGCUGGGUGCGUUCAUUGCGAGCUUUCUCAGUAUGCACACGAUGCUUACAGCGCUGCAGGCGGAGUUUCUGCUGGUGGAGUAUGCGUUCGUCGGGCUACUCAAGCGUGUGGAAGAACAGGUCCAGGGAGUCCCGACAGAGGAUGACUUUAAGCAACGUUUACUGUGGCAAUCAUUCAAUCGUGAGAUCGGUAAAUGUGUACGGGAACACUGUGAGGUUGUAAAACACAUACGGGACGUAAAUCGGGUGAACAGUUUCUCCAUCACCGUGCAGUACUACACAGCACUCUUGUCACUCGCCAUCGAUACCUUCUUCAUCUCGUACCAUGGGGUAGACUUUGUCGCGCUGUCCGUGCUCAUCUUUUCAGUGCUGCUCGUCUUCGAGUGGUACUACUGCUGCAAACUCGUCGAAGAUCUCCAAGCUACGAACAAACGUAUCGGAUGGACCCUUUACAACGAUGACUGGCCAGCCUGGUUGCAGCGCGGAAAGCAUCAGCAAGAGUCUUUGCGUCAGUUUCGCAUCACGCUAAGCAUUAUACUGCUUGCCUCACAGCAAAGCCUUUCGUUUCACGGAAGUGAUAUCGUCGAGGUAUCGUGGCAAUCCUUUGGCGGUAUGUUAAAGACGAGCUACUCAGUGAUGAUGUUUUUGAUCGAGCUACGAAAACUAAAUCGUUAAGCUGAAAAGCUUAAAAGUGUAGUAAGUUGUGUUUGAAGUAAUGGAAGAUCUUGGAACUACAUGAACAUUAAGAAAUAAACGUUUACUACUAAUAGUUCAAAUUGCAAUUAACGUGUCGAAUAUCCUCAUUUGAUAAAAUG